UGCCCGGCGCGGAUGCUGCCGCCCGGGAUCGCCCCGCCCGGGAUCGCGCCGCCCGUGAGGCGCAGCACGCGCCGCCCGCGAGCACCGGAGCGCUGCAGGACCGCCCGCCCGCGCCCCGGCAGGUAUCUAUCCAUUCCAGAACUAAUUUUUUCUACACCCAGAGACUGAAAUGGCAUGACUGGAGUUUUAAGUAAUUUGGCUUUGACAGUUUCACCAUUUGCUGAGAAGCUGGAACAGAAUUUGAACUCUAUUUCUGCACUAUCCUAGGUUAUAAUGCCAUCCUUUCCUAAUGAGGGAGAUAACCAUGGAACUGCUUCUCUGACUUUGAGUUCAGAACUACCCUAUCAGAGCACAAUUAAAAGAAAAGUCAGAAAGAAGAAGAAGAAUGGAGUCAUCACUGCCAAUAUUGCUGGCACAAAAUAUGAAAUUGUGCGUGUGGUAAUACAAGAGAUGGGAUUUGUGAAAACGCGUGAUGAGGAUGAAACAGCAAAUCUGAUCUGGAGUGAUUGUGCUGUGCAGCAAGAGAAGAUUGCUGAGCUGCAGAACUAUCAGAGAAUCAACCAUUUUCCAGGAAUGGGAGAGAUAUGCAGAAAGGAUUUUCUGGCAAGAAACAUGACUAAAAUGAUCAAGAGUCAGCCUCAGGAGUACAGUUUCAUUCCUCGAACAUGGAUCUUUCCUGCAGAAUACACACAGUUUCAGAACUAUGUAAAAGAAUUGAAGAAGAAACGUAGACAGAAAACUUUCAUAGUCAAACCAGCUAAUGGUGCAAUGGGACAUGGGAUCUCUUUAAUAAGAAAUGGAGAAAAGUUACAAGCUCAGGAUCACUUAAUUGUUCAGGAAUAUCUUGACAAACCAUUUCUUAUGGAAGGCUACAAGUUUGAUUUACGUGUGUAUAUUCUUGUAACCUCCUGUGAUCCAUUAAAAAUAUUUUUAUAUCAUGAUGGACUGGUGAGAAUGGGCACGGAAAAGUAUCACCCCCCCAGCGACUCAAAUUUGAGUCAAUUGUAUAUGCAUCUGACUAACUACUCUGUCAAUAAACAUAAUGAACACUUUGAACGGGAUGAAACAGAAGACAAAGGAAGCAAACGCUCCAUCAAAUGGUUUACUGAGUUUCUAGAAACAAAUAAUCUUGAUGUCUCCAAAUUCUGGAGUGAUAUUUCAGAGCUGGUGGUGAAGACUCUGAUAGUUGCAGAGCCACAUGUGCUUCACGCUUAUCGCAUGUGCAGGCCAGGGCAAGCACCAGGAAGUGACAGUGUCUGCUUUGAAGUCCUGGGAUUUGAUAUUCUGCUGGACAGAAAACUAAAACCAUGGCUCCUAGAGAUUAAUCGUGCCCCAAGCUUUGGAACAGAUCAAAAAAUAGACUAUGAUGUAAAAAAAGGUGUUCUGCUAAAUGCAUUAAAGCUUCUCAACAUACGGACAAGUGAUAAAAGGAAAAAUUUAGCCCAGCAGAAGGCUGAGGCUCAAAAAAGGCUGUAUGGUCAAGGGUCAGUGAAAAAACUGUUGCCAGGUUCCUCAGACUGGGAGAAGCAGCGCCACACACUGGAAAGAAGAAAACAAGAACUGAAGGAAAGACUUGCACAAGUACGUAAACAGAUUUCCAAAGAGGAGCAUGAAAAUAGACACAUGGGGAAUUACAGGCGAAUUUACCCUCCUGAUGAUAAGACAUUACUUGAAAAGUAUGAGAGUUUGUUAGCCACCGCUUUCCAGACGUUUCUUGCUGGAAGAGCAGCUUCGCUUCAGCGGGAAAUGAAUAACCCCUUAAAAAGAAUGAAGGAGGAGGACAUUUUGGAUCUUCUGGAGCAGUGUGAAAUAGAUGACGAAAAGCUAACGGGAAAAUGCAGCAGGCAGCGAGGACCUAAGCCCUUGUGUUCAAUGCCAGAAAGUGCACAUUCCUUAAGGAAACCUAAGAACCACAGCAGUGACAGUAGCUGUGAUAGUGGCAGCAGUGUAUCAGAAUCGGGAGAAGAAACUGAAAAGGAAGAUCACAAUGAAAAAAAAGAGAAAAAAGUUUCAUAUGAUGUUGAAGAAAAUAAGUACAAAUCUUUGGAACGAUCAGGUAGAAUGAACUGCAAACCUUCAAAUAAAAAUAUAAAGUCUCCAUCAUCUUCGUCCCCCACACCAUCCACAGGUCCAAUAAGGCGUUCUGUGAGCUGCCCUCGUUCCAUAUCAGUCCUCACUAUGCAGUCCCAGGGAGCUGAGCAGCGCCCCUUUUCAGCCAAAGCAUCUCUCCAAAUGCAGAGAACAGCCUCAGUGAACAGGUCUCACUCUUUAAGUCGUAGCCCAUCUUCAGCCAGAUUCUGUCAGACAGCCACCUUGGGAACUAUGAACUCUUCAGGGAGUGAGUCUUUGCUGCAACAGAAAACAAAAGAGCAAGAAGUUGCUUUGACAAAAGAGACUCUUCUCCGUAUCAAUGACUUGAGAGUAAGGUUCCCAGGAAAAACAAAUGAAGAAUCUGAAUUAAUUAUAGAAGAUAUUAUGGAUAAUUGGAAGUAUCAUAAAACAAAAGUGUCAUCCUAUUGGUUGGUAAAACUGGAUUCAGCAAAGCAACGAAAAGUUUUGGAUAUAGUCAGGACAAGUGUCCGUGCAGUUCUACAGCAUGUCUGGAAAGCUCCAGACAUUGAAAAUUUACAUCUCUACCGUCUUUUUAACCGUGUGUUUAAUCGCUUACUUUGGAGCCAUGGUCAAGGCCUAUGGAACUGUUUCUGUAAUUCAGGGAGCUCUUGGGAAACCAUAUUCAGUAAAGGCUCAGAGGCGCUGACUCCGGAGCAGCUCCAGUGCUGCCAGCGAAUAGUACAGCUUUGUAAACACUGCCUGCUGGUAGUUUACAAACAUUCAUCAGACUCAAGAGGAUCCCCAACUGGGAUGAGUCACCACUGGGAUGAUACAAGAUCCCUCAAAGUCAGUGUUUCCAGAUUUGCAUUCCUAGAGGUGUUUAUUGCCAAGACCUUCACUGUUCAUCCUGAAAUCAUCCUCAUCCAAACUUAGCUGCAGUCCAUCUGGAACGCCUCGCCCUAACAUUUUGUUCACACACAGAUACAGUCACUUGUGAAGUAAAAGGAAAUUGCUGUUUGUAAAUAAUAGCAUUCAACUUCUUUUUUUUAACUUGUGAUGGAGCUAAACAUAAGCGCUGUUAUAUAUUUCCUACCAUCAUAUUAUAAUAAAAUUUAGCUGAAAACCUACUGUAAAAGCAUAGCUUUUCUGGGAACAUGAUAAACCUUGUUAAGUUGUUUACAUACACAUGUGAAUGUGUAGAUCUUGCUAGGUUUAUAAGUAACUCCUUCCUACUAGAAAUGUUAUUUUUGCUGCAGAAUAUAUAAAAUGGAAUUGUUCUUGAAGAUUCUAUUACAGUAUUAUAUUAUUUUGUAAGUACAAUACUUGGACUUGAAAAUUAUUUAUUGUAAACUAUAUUAUUUAUUGUCUCAAAUGUCCUUUAACAAAGCAGAUAAUUAGAAAACUCUUGCAGAACAGUAAAACUGUAACAGUUAUCAAAAAUAAUCUGAUCAGUUCUUGGAUAUGUUUAAAAUAAACCCCAAAAGUCUGUAAGCCAAACCUAAAGCAGACAUAUUUUUAUUUCUCCUCUGAAAUGACAAGAUCUAUUUAAUACUGCUGUUUUUCUUAAAGGACAUGAUAUAGCAUCUUUUAGCCAAAGCAAAGGCAUCUAGUACACAAACAGUAAAAUAUCAGUUUAGGCAUUCACUUCCUAAUUGGAUUCUCGUAAUAAAAUGGAAGCCAAUGUUUGUUUCCAGGUUUUCAUUCACAUUACCUGUAUCCUGUGCCUUUAGGUUUCCUUUGGGAGCAAGCAGUCAUCCUCAGCUCCACACGCAUGCAUAGUGCAUAGUUUUUCUGUUACACUGCCUAAGUGGUAAAGCAGACAUUUUUAGGAAAUACUGCAGCUGUAAUGUAUUAUUUAAAACUUAAACUAAUUGGUUUGUUGUAGUUUUUAGCAUGCAAUCCAGUACCUACUGUAGAAUGUAUCUUUGCAAUGGACAGUAUUUUCUAGAUUGCUGACACCUUUAAAUGUUGGAAAUCUAAUUCACUAAAAGCUCUCAUUCAGAUCUAGAUUCCUGAAGCUGGCUGAACAGCACAAAACCAAAAUGAGCCAGAGCAGGAACCUAGUAUUUACAGGAUUUGUAGCCUGAAAACAUCAUUUGGGUUUUGAUACAUACAGCCAUUCGUCCCACUCAGCAUUGUGCCAUGUGAGCCUUAUUCAUUAGAGAAAUAAUUAUUAAAGAAAUCAGUUAUUCUAGAUUUAAAAAUAAUUAAGUUUUUUAUUUGAGUAAAGAACAGAGUAGUUAUUAUUUACCAAAGACUCGUGUACUUAUGAAUCAUUUAACCCUGAAGAGUGUUGGUAAAUUAUCAAUGUAUUUCAGGUAUACUUUAAAAAUAAUUUGGGGGCUAAUUAUCCUCAGGAGCAAGUAUGUUAGUGUUUUUUGAUAUCCAGCAAUUUAAGACAAAUUUAAGAGACUUAAGAGAUUUGAGAUUGAAGUUGUAUGGAAAUUAUUUUUUAAGAAGUUUUAGUCAUAGGAUAUAUAAAAACUGGGAAUUUGGUUGAGAUUUUUGAUGCCUGUGCUGUAGUGCCUCAGCUCUAGAACUGCAGAAUAUGUAACAAGAAUAUAUAACAAGAAUAUUUGUAAACAAAUAAAAAAAACCUCUUGAGAUUAUCAGAUCAAAGCAGUCUUUUGGUCUGGUAAAGUCUUUUUAAUUUUUGUGGUAAUACUAGUUCAGUAAUAUAGUAUGUUCACAUUAACUGUAUAUCUCUUUUGGUCCAUACAGUGACUAUUAAAGCAUACUCUGGUUACCUGUAACACCUAAUAAAAGCUGUAAAUUUUCUCUUCUUGGAGAAGGUUUCCAUUGUAUUCUACUUUUGGCCAUAAGGAUAAGAUCAGCUUCCAGCUUAGCUUGCCAGACUCUAACAGAACUUUAGGAUGGGAGGUUCACAUGUCUUUAUUUUUUUCCUUUUAUUUUUUUCUAAACUUUACUAUAUGAUUUCUAUGUUCAAAUGCCAGUGCUGGUAUUUGAACAAGUCAAUUUGAACAGAUCAAUUUGUACAGGUCAGUCUGUACAGAAUACUCUGCCAAAAGAAAGAGGGCUACUAACCACACCUAUGGACAAAUCUAGGAAAAAAAUUCAUUUAGCAUGUACAAAAGUGGACUAGAUGGUGGUUUACAUCUGACACUACAAUAUAUUUGUAUUUCUGACAACCUUUCCUAAAGUGGUCAUGUGUUCCUAAUAUAAUGUGUGAAUCAAUACCUUCAAUAAACAUCAUGCUACACUUUGCUGCA